CGUUUGGGGAAGUUGCUCAAUAUUGGAAAGGCACAUUUCCCUUCACUGUAAAGCCAAAUAUUCAUGUGCUGCUUAUCUGGUUUUAGCAGCGCUAUCUCCGCAGUUUCUUUACCUUUCAUGGGUUGAUGAUUUUGUCAACAUGACGGUCAGAUAAAACCAAAUUAGCAGAUAUCACCAGAAACUAUUUGUCGGGAUGAGUAGUUCUUUGACUUCCGCUACUUACAUUCGCAACAUCAGUUACGGUCUACGCCGCCAGUUAUCCGACUUUCUGGACCCUCAGGACAGGUGGAAGGAUGUGAUUGUGUCCAUACGGAAGCCGAGCGGGGAGCCGAGGUACUCCCAGCUUCACGUCAGGAGGUUUGAAGGUCUUGUGACGCAGGGGAAGAGUCCCACCGUGGAGCUGCUGAAUGACUGGGGAACCACCAACUGCACAGUGGGAGAACUGGUGGAUAUUUUGAAGAGCCGCAAUUUGUUGGCUGCUGCCGGUCUCCUGCUACCUUGGGAAGAAUAUUCAUCGGCAGAGACACUCCCGCUCCCCUUACCACUACCUCCUGACAGAGACCCUCCGACCAGACCACUGGACGAGACGCAGAGUCAGCCUCCACCCGCCGGAUCAGCACCGGAGACACAAGUAGUGAGUGAAAACAGCGAAACAGGACACACAGGUAUUUCCAGUUUUAUGUACAGUGAGCUGAGGAAGAUCACAGGCAACUUUGACGACCGGUCCGUCUCAAACGGUGGCAGCCGACUCGGAGAGGGGGGCUUCGGCACCGUGUACAAAGGCUUCCUGAACAACAGACCUGUGGCGGUGAAAAAACUAAACCCAAUGGAUGACAUGCCUCUGGACAAGCUGCAAGAUCAGUUUAACCAAGAGAUUCAGACUCUGAAAGUGUUGAAACACGAGAACUUGGUUGACAUGGUUGGAUUCUCAUGCGACGAGCAGCAAAUGUGUAUAGUGUACGCCUUCAUGGCCAAUGGAUCUUUGCUGGAUCGACUCGCUUGCUUGGACGGCAGUCCUCCUCUUUCCUGGCGACAGAGGUGCUUGAUCGCAGAAGGGACCGCUAGAGGUUUGGAGUACCUCCAUAGCAACUAUCAUGUACACAGAGAUGUUAAAAGUGCAAACAUCCUGCUGGAUGAGAACUUUGUGGCGAAAAUCUCCGACUUUGGGCUGACGAGAGCGUCGGCCAAGCACACGUCUACGACGAUGAUGACGGAGAGGAUCGUGGGGACCCGUGCGUACAUGGCCCCUGAGGCCCUGCGGGGACAGAUCACCCCAAAGUCUGACGUGUUCAGCUUCGGAGUGGUGCUGUUAGAAAUAUUGUCUGGACGUCCGCCAGCUGAUGAAAACAAGGAGCCCCAGUUCCUGAUGGAUAUCAGGGACGACAUCGAUGAUGAAGACGAAGAUCUGACCCUGGAGCAGAUUUUGGACAGGAAGAUGACAGACUGGGAGCUGAGCCAGGUGGAGAGCAUCUACUGCUUGGCUUCCAACUGCUUGGAUGACAGAAAAAACAGGCGGCCGUUCAUCAAACAGGUUGUUUCAGAGAUUCACAGCGUCAUCAAAAGCAUCUCAUUGCAAUUGUAGGCACGGAGGGAAACAAGAGGCUCACAUUACCUCUGUUCCAAAGUAAAGACUGACAAGUCUUCUGCUUUUUGACUUUAGAAAGUUCCUUAUUGACUGCAAGAAAGAGAUUUAGCAUUAAAACAGCUUUCCCUUUUGUAUUUAUAUUCACGAAUAUUUGAAGAGGAGCACCAACAGGACAUCAGCUCUGCUACGCAGAUAUUUAGCCAUUAGCAUGUCAUAAGCCCAUCUUGCAGCAGCAGCUCCAGUCAGAGGCAUCGUCAGAUUCGUUGCAAGACUGACUGCUACUGGAGAUCCUUCCCAUCCACAGCAUCACAUCCAUGACUUUUUAAAGAUACUUGGAGGAUAUGAGUUAGAAGAAAAGUGUGAGCACACAUUUUAAUUAAUUUUUUAAAAAUUAUUUACAGGCUAAAUUUUUGUGUUGUAA